AGAACAAAAAAGACAUCCAAAUGCAUAUGCAGGAAACCUUAAGCAAAUCAAGCUUCAUGGCUUUUUAGCCUUAAACUCCUCCCACAUGCAUUUGCUGGUGAGCAGAUAGAGCCAGGAAGGAGAAAGAAAAAGGCAGUCAAAUUCAAUAGGCCCCCACGCGAUCUGGGUCAAAAAUGCCCACAGAAAGAGAGAGAGAGAGAUGUGAGGAUGAAAAGGCAAUGCAUAGAGCCAAAUAGAUGCCACUUUUCUCCUUGGUCCUUGCUAUCUCAAUAUGUCAUGUGAUUCUACAAUCUACUAUGCAAUGCAAGCAUGAAGUAGAAGUAGUUAUUGGUGGUACCUCACCCUCAUCACCGCAUGCAUGCAAGAUCGAUGCAAUCCUCAUCAUAUAGAUACUCCAUAGCUUAGCUUCCACCGACAAUGGCACCACCACCUAUGCUAACUAUUGGAGCUAACAACAAUGGCCGCCUAGCUAGCUAGCCUAGGAGCUCCGUCCAUGGCUCCCCCUCCUCUCUCCUCUUGUGUGAUGAGAUCCUAACUUGGCAUCACCAUCAAAUAAUGCACUGAUCAAUCUCUCACCAUGUCUGCCUUCCCAGUUGGCCAUUUGACCAUUUCCCAAUUCCCACUACAAAUAGCGAGUUGAUCGAUCGAUCUCAGCACCUAGAUCAGAGAGCAGCAGGCAUGGACGACACCAUAGGCGGCAACCGUGGCCUGCUCGGCCAAGCGCGAGACGACGAGCAGGCCAGGAACGUCGUGGUCGUCGGCGCCGGUGCCCUGACUGUGGCGAGGGACUACCAGAGGGGGAACUGGACGCUGCCGGAGACGAUGCUGCUGAUCGAGGCCAAGCGGAAGGUGCACGAGGAGCGGCACCCGGGGGACCAAGGCCUGGCGCGGUGGCGCUGGGUCGAGGACUACUGCUGGCGAGCCGGCUGCCGGCGCAGCCAGAACCAGUGUAACGACCGCUGGGACAACCUCAUGCGGGACUACAAGAAGGUGCGCGCGUACGAGCUCAGCGGCGCUGGGGCCGGUGCCGGCGGCAGAGCGCCCAGCUACUGGGUGAUGGGCAGGGUGGAGAGGAAGGAGAGGGGCCUCCCGAGCAACCUCCUCCGCGAGAUAUACGACGCCAUGGGCGAGGUCAUCGAGAGGAGGAUGAGCAUGGGCUGCGCCGGCAGCAGUGGCGGACCCGGCGCUGCGUUCACGGCGGCGGCGUCUUCUUCCAGCCUACUCGACGUCCCCAUGCAAGCUUCCCCGCUCGCUCAAGUGCUGCCACGACCUCUGCUGCCUCUAGAACAAGAGACGCACGGGCAUUCCAGCCCCGAGUCGCCGGAGAAGAAGAGGAGGCGGCCGUCACUGGACGAGCUACGGCCAGGGAGCAGCACGCCGUUAGCGCCAGGAACGCACGGCCACCGUCAGGAACAAGGACGCCACCGCGAGGAGGAGGACGAGGAAGAGGACGACGAGAGCUCCGAGGCUGAGUACUCCGACGGCGACGACGACUACAACGUCCUGAGCGGCGCGAUCGGCCGGUGCGCGGCGAUCCUGUCGGAGGCGCUGGAGAGCCGGGAGGCCGCGGAGGAGCGGCGGCACCGGGAGGUGAUGGCCGUGGAGGAGCGGCGCGGCCGCGCGCGUCAGGCGCGUCGCGAGGCCGGCGAGCAGUGCGUGGCCGGGCUGGCCGCCGCCGUGAACCAGCUCGCCGGGUCCAUGCUGGCGCUCGCCGCCGCCAAGCACAAGGACAAGGGCGGCGGCCCCGCGGCGCGCAAGUGAGAGACGAGAUCAUCGUCAAGCGGAGAGCUAGCUAGGCAGGGGACCGGUCUCGUCUCUCAUGAUGAUGCCGCGCGCCGUGUGUGUGCAGCUAGCUGCGCUGGAGCAGGAUGCUAGCUAGCUAGCUGCCGCUCCGAUCCGCGCACGCGGCGGGCCAUCGAGUGGGCUUCGACCAGAUCGAGAUCAUCCUGCUGCGCCUGCCAGAGCGCUGAUGCGUGGGCGUGGUCGAUGCUCUCGUCUCGCAGCUCGAGACCGUCAGCGCGUGUGCUGCGGCGAGUCCGAGACGCCCUGGCCCUUCUCCGAUCCGCUUCUGCAUGCAUGUGAGCUAGCUAAGGUUGCUUUCAUUCUGAACUUCUGAUCGUCGUCCUGAAUCUGACAGGUCUAGACUACUGUCGCAGGAUAUGCAUCCAUGGUAGAGAAGCUUUUGGUUAGUUAAUUUGUUCGGUUAAUUA